AUGGGCCAAUCGGAAAUAGAGUCAUGGAUAGCGUCCACUUCCAGUGCUGUAGAUGACACUAACUCCGCCAACAAUGGAACAGCUAGCACUCAGCUAGAAUGGCGCAGAGAAGAUGUUCUUGCCGACUGGUCGAGAGCGUUGGAGGCAGCACGCUGCCGGCUUCUGACGAGCAGCACAAAAGCGCGUGUCCGAUUCCUUCGUGAGGAGCUGAUGAUCUUAGCAAAGCAUGGAGACCUUGAUAUCUCCCAGACGAUGGAUAUUUUCCGGUUACUCACGUUGACCUACCCUCGUUAUGCCGACGCACAAUCCCGAGAAGCUGUUGAGGAAGUGGGUCUGGAACUCAUACGGCGAGAUGAACUUCGAGGGGUUCCAGAAGGAGAACCUAACGCGCCAAAGCUUGGAGUUGCUGAGCAGAUUUUAGGAUGGCUCUCUCACGAGGUCGGGCAUAUCUCCAAGAGAUCGAGCUCCCAUGCUUCCACAGAUAUGUUCGUUCUGCUCAGCUGGUGUUGCGGAAUGUAUGUGGUCUGUCUCAAGAGCAACCCCGAUUUCGUAUCGUCGCUUUCGUGGACGCCAUUGGUUACCAUCUUUUCAGUCUUGCUGGACAUGUUACUAGACAGAUCGACGCGCGCAAAGGCUUCGAUACAAAAGAGUGCGUUGACCCGCACGCGACGUGCCUUGCGUUCAAGUCCUGAACACAUAUCGGACGUAAUGCGGACAUUGCUAUCCAAGGCGAAGACCAGCCCGAACCCCAUAAUCAUCGCCGCGCUACUUGGAAUUUGCAUAGAUGUCAAAUCGAGGCUGAAAAAUGUCAAGGAUGACAGCAUGAAGGUCGUAGAUCCUGGGCUUAAGAAAGAUGUCCUCUCUUUUUAUACAAGUAGUAUACUGAUGUCAAAAGUGCCUGUACCGGAGCACAUCGCGAAUGCAUUGCAUGGCUUUAUCAGCACAUAUGUGACCGAGGAAGACUUCUUAGAUGUGGUCCUGCCGACGAUGGAGAAAGCACUAUUGCGAUCACCAGAGGUUUCCCUUCCUGUCGUCACGAGCUUCUUGUCUGCAUAUGUACACCCAAUGGCGGGCGUCUCGUUCCAGAAGUUGCUGACGCCUACGCUGAAUAGCGCGAAGUCAUUCAAUGCAGUUGCAAGAGAUCACUCAACGCGAUUGUUCAAGGUGCUUGUCGAGAAAUCUGGUGAUGCAGCCGAUAUCGACUACGCCGUCAAUGAGGUGCUAGCUCUGCCGAAAGCAGGUAGAACAACGGGGCCAGAUCACCGUUUCGCCUUAUACACGAUGCUCGAUUCUAUCCAGCCGUCGUCUUCAACAUCUGCCGCUAUCGUUCCGGCUGGUCUUCCUCUUCUGGCCAAAGAAACCCAUGAUGCCGCUAUAUCGGUUCUGGCAGCCUCAGUGGCACCACAUCUGGCAUACUGCAUGGAACAGGACAUUGCGCUACCUGUCGACAUCGUAUCCUUGGUCGUGAAAGAGAUGAACAGCGUGAAGCCAGUCGUGCGACGAGCCUUCUGCAGGUUGCUGGGUGAUGCAUUCUGGCGACUGGAUAACAUCAAGUCUGACAUUUCUCUGUCUCUCGCAAAAGCUGUCUUGCCUGCCUUAGAGAACAAUCUCAAGACUGUCGCAGCGGGCCCGCUGGCUGCCGCCGCCGGGCCUUUGGAAGGGUACACCGCGGUUGCGGUACUGUUAGGUCCCUUCUCACGCUCCGGCCAAUUUGACAAUUUCAUCUCGCGCAAUGCAACUCUGCAGUCCUUGCUGUCGGCCGGUCCCAAACCGUCAUUCUUACUGUGGGAGAAGGUAUAUCAGAAGUUGAGUGCCAUCGAGGACGAGACCUGGCUUCUACGAGCGGCAGAGGCGAUGCUUCCGUUCUUCAAGAAUGACCUAAUGCGAAAUGAGCAAGCUUGUGCCAUGUUGGGGCUGGUCUUACUGCACCUCGCCGUCGAAAGUCGUUCCCCGGAGAUUCGGCGAACAGUGAUCAAGGUUCUAGAAGUUGCCACGGCGCAAAUGCCGGAGCUUGUGAAUAAGCUGGUGACAUCGUCCUUGCCGAUCUACCUUUCAAGAGCUAAGAAUUCUUCACUGGGAAUCGUCGACGAAGGAGCGGAGGACAGCAGUCAUGUAGUCAGACGUCUUCCUGCAUUCGCUUUGGCGUCCGCAGCAUUCGAUGAGGGCUGCGACCAAGUAAUUCGGGCGUCUUGCCUGGUCAAUCUAUCUGUAUUGGCACACCAUCCUUUAUUAGGUGCAACGAUUGGGCAACAAUGGAUUGAACUGUGCCAAAAGGCACGCAUCGAUCCUCACGAUUUAGUAUGCGACAAGGUAGACGAGAUUCUUGGCAAGGUGCUAGGCACCCUGGACAGGAGGUCAAAGCUGUACAAUGAAGACCUCGCAGAAGCCGGCUUCCGCGCUGUGACGAGCGCCGUCUUCGUUGCACCAGAAGUUGUCCUUCCUCGCGUCAUGGAGGAGCUACGCGGCGACAUUAACGCUGACGAGAUCAACUCGCUGACUACAGACGAUUUUGGUAUAUGGGCCACUCCGGAAGGCCAGACAUACGUUGACGUGCUCUCGUCCAAGAAGAAGGAAGAGCCGCAGAAAAAAGGGAAGGGAUACAAGGACGCUCAGUGGGAGGCUGAGGUGCGCAAGUCGCUCGCGAACAAGAAGGGUGCAAUCCCUGCAUUGUCGAAACAAGAGCUCGCGUUAGUAGAAGCGCAGCUAGAGAAGGAGAAGAUAAUUCGACAGCGUGUCGCUACCAUCAAAGCGAAGCUCGAGCGUGGCCUUCACUUGGUUCACCAUGUGGCUCAAGCUGGAGUCGAGGAAAUCAGAUCUUAUCUUUCAGCUAUGACGGCAUUACUAAUACAGGGUGCUUUCGGAAAAGCAGUCACUCUUGUCGGCUUCUCCUCCUUUGAACGCUAUCUGGAACUUGCUGACGCAUGCUCAGACAGGCUUGAUUCGUACCGAAAAUGGAUUGGAGUUGCAACGCUGCGUAGUCUGGAAGUCGACGGGAUUCCGGAGGAAUAUCAGGUCGAGCCUCUCAAUGCUCUCGUUCUCAGGGUGCUGUACAGGCUGCGGUCGCUUUCGGAACAGAGCCCCUUUGAUGCAGCAACGUUCUCCUACACUUCGCCCUUACUCACUCAAGUUCUCGUUAAGGGCGGCGUGGCUUUGGCAGAGGAAGAUGAUCCGUUGGAACAGGUUACAUUGGCAGUUGACAUUAUCAGAUUCCACUCCGGAGAAUUUUCAGACCCACGAUUUCCCAGGUCUCGGACACUGCAAGACUUACUUUACGUCAUCAAGCAUCAACCUAAGGUUGCGAAAGAUGCGUCGACGGCACUUAUCGAUAUUGGCCAGUCAAUGCAGCCAACUGCGACGCGCCCGGAAAUCGAGGUGUUAUUGCGUGGUACACUCCAGCAGGAAGUCUAUGUGCGCAACUCAUGUCUGCAGACCCUUCAGCCAUUUGAUUUGACGGAACUAGACUGGUCUCCUGAACUAUGGAUCGCAUGCCAUGACGAUGAUGAGCAGAAUGCACGUCUUGCACGCCAUCUAUGGGAGGACAACGGCCUAGAUGUCCCCGAAAGCUUCAUGGACAUACUUCCACAAUAUCUGCAACACGAGAAUGCUUACGUUCGCAACAGUACCUCUGCGUCCAUAGCCGCCGCCGUGAUAGAGCAUUGGCCACAAUCUAUCAGCAAUGUUUUGCGAAUUAUGGAGGGUCACUAUCGAGAGAAGGCUAAAAUCCUCGCACCGGAAUUCGAUGAAUAUGGAAUAGUGAUUGCCGAAAGUCUGGACCGCUCAGAUCCGUGGUCUGCGAGGGUGGCCAUCGCGCGCUCAUUUGAAUUGCUCGCACCCGCGUUUGUAGAAGCCGAUAUCGAGCCGUUCUUUAGGUUCUUGAUCAAGGACGAAGCUCUUGGCGACCGUCACCCAGAUGUGCGCCGGGGAAUGCUGAAUGCAGGCAUGACCGUUAUCGAUCUUCACGGGAACAUACGUUUGGCUGGCCUAAUAGCGAUGUUUGAAGAAGAACUGUCAAGCUCAACUUUAGGCACGGAGACUGCGGAUUUCAUCAAGGAGGCUGUCGUGAUCCUGUUCGGCCGGGUAGCUAGACAUCUUGACCCAAGCGAUCCGCGCAUCCCGCAAAUUAUCGAACGAUUGGUCGAAGCCCUCAGGACUCCCGCUGAGCAGGUUCAGAUUGCUGUCUCCGAUUGUCUCGCAGCACUGGUGAAAGCGACGCAAUCGCCUAUCAACUCUCUUGUUGACCGUCUGUUGGACAACAUGUUCAACGCUCCGAAGUACGCUGCACGACGUGGUGCAGCUUAUGGGUUAGCUGGGGUGAUCAAAGGCGCCGGCAUUGCUACUAUCAAGGAGUUCAACAUCAUAGAACAACUGAAGGCUGCUGCUGACGACAAGAAGCGAUUCGAGCCGCGCCAAGGGGCUAUGUUUGCCUUCGAGACCUUCUCUAGUACGCUCGAUCGCCUUUUCGAACCAUAUGUCAUCCACAUCCUUCCUGUGCUUUUGGCUUCGUUCGGAGACGGAACAGCUGACGUCCGUGAGGCCACACACGAUGCUGCUCGUGUCAUCAUGGCCAACAUGUCAGGUUAUGGAGUGAAGACAAUCCUCCCGUCGCUAUUAUCAGGUCUGGAUGAGAAGCAAUGGCGAACCAAGAAGGGUUCUAUCGAGCUAAUCGGAAUGAUGGCAUAUUGUGCGCCUCGACAACUCUCACAAUCAUUGCCGAUCAUUAUCCCCCGUCUCACCGACGUCUUGACGGACUCUCAUGCUCAGGUCCGUGCAGCUGCUAACAAAAGCUUGAAACAAUUUGGUGAAGUUAUUAGCAACCCGGAGAUCCAAUCUCUUGUGCCUAUCUUCUUGAAAGCCAUGGUAGAUCCCGCCAAGACACCUAAUGCGUUGUCUUCCCUCCUCAAAACGUCGUUCAUGCACUACAUCGAUCAUUCUUCACUGGCUUUGGUGGUUCCAAUCGUCGAAAGAGGAUUGAGAGAGCGCGGUGCUGAUACCAAGAAGAAGGCAGCGCAGAUCGUUGGGAACCUUGCGUCCCUCACUGACUCGAAGGAUUUCGUGCCGUACUUACCUCAGUUGCUUCCGUUGGUGCAUGUGGUAUUGGUGGAUCCGGUCCCUGAAGCCCGAGCAACAGCUGCGAAGGCAUUGGGUACACUGGUCGAGCGCCUCGGCGAGGUACACUUCCCAGACUUAGUUCCGGGGUUGCUUCGCACUUUGAAAACGGAUACCUCUGGAGUGGACAGGCAAGGUGCAGCCCAAGGACUGAGUGAAGUAUUAGCAGCUCUAGGUAUGGAGCGUAUGGAGGGCCUUCUUCCGGAUAUCAUUUCAAACGCGCAAUCACCACGCAGUACCGUUAGAGAAGGGUUCAUGUCUCUCCUCGUUUUCCUUCCCGCGACGUUUGGCGCCCGAUUCCAGCCGCAUCUGCCGAAGAUAAUCCCGCCUAUUCUGAAUGGGCUGUCCGAUACCGAGGACUACGUCCGAGAGGCCGCUAUGCGUGCUGGACGUAUGAUUGUCACUAACUAUUCAACGAAAGCGAUCGAUUUGCUCCUGCCAGAACUGGAGCAUGGAAUGUUCGAUCCUGGUUGGCGCAUUAGGCAAUCCUCCAUCACUCUUGUUGGAGAGCUGUUGUUCAAGGUCUCUGGCAUCAGCGGCAAAGCUGAGAUUGAGGAAGAAGAAGAGAUAGCUGACACUGCAGUGGCCGAGUCAUCACGUCGCGCCCUUGUCGAAGUACUAGGGCCCGAACGCAGAGACCGGAUUCUAUCUGCGCUAUACCUCGCUCGGCAAGACUCGGUCAACGUGGUCCGUCAAUCAUCUAUUCACAUCUGGAAAGCCCUUGUGCACAAUACUCCACGAACAGUUCGUGAGAUACUUCCCGAGCUCACCACUCGAAUCAUCUCUCUCCUUGCUGGCUCGGAGGCGGACCAACAAGAGACCGCAGGCCGUACUGUUGCUGAGCUAUGCCGCAAAUCAGGAGAGAAAGUUUUGGCAGAGCUUGUGUCAAUUCUCAAGUCCAAAUUGACCUCGACAGAUGCAAAGACGCGCGAAGGCGUCUGUUUGACUCUUUGCGAGCUAAUGCCAGUGUAUUCUAACAGGGAAAGCACGACCGAUACCCAAAGAGAAGGGCAAGACGAUGAGAUCAUAUCGAUGGUCCGUACCUCGCUUGUGGCCGAUGAGGCAAACGUCCGGGCAGCUGCUGCAAGAGCAUUCGACGUUCUACAAGAGCAUAUUGGAGUGAAGGCGAUUGACCAAACCAUACCCACCCUUCUGGAAGCUCUACGACAACCCGGUCAAAGCUCUGGAACGGCGUUACAGGCACUUAAAGAAGUGAUGGCUGUCCGAGCCUCCACCGUGUUCCCGGUGUUAAUUCCCACUCUGACUGCGAUUCCGAUGUCCGUCUUCAAUGCUCGAGCCCUUGCAUCACUUGUGACGGUCGCAGGGACUGCAUUAAGCAAGCGGCUUACUGUCAUUCUCACUGCCCUCGCAAAAGUGAAGGAAAGUCCGGACACUCGAGAUGAAGAGCUCAAGGGCGCGAUCGAUGAAGCUAUUCGAGCACUGCUGGCGUCUAUAUCCGAUGCGGAGGGAUUGAAUACCCUCAUGCUCCUCCUUCUCGGUUGGUGCGUGGCGAAGCAUGAGACGGUGUCGCGACGCGUCACUGCCUGUGAACUCUUUGCCAUCUUCUGCGAGGAGUCGGAAUUAGAUUCGUCCUUAUACCGCGUGGACUGGAUACGACAACUUGUAUCCCUUUUGGACGACAGCGAGGUCGCGGUGCACACUGCUGCACAGCAGUCUCUUGAUGUGUUCGUCAAGUCGCUACCCAAAGAUGAGCUGGAGUCUCUCGUAGUUCCUCUCAGACGAACCAUCGAGAGUACUGGCGCUCCUGGCAGACAUGUUCCGGGCUUCAGCCUACCGAAGGGAGUUGCACCGACUGUUCCUAUCAUAAUAGCAGGUCUAACGACAGGAAGCAAUGAGCAGCGAGAACAGGCGGCAUAUGCAAUUGGUGACCUCAUUGAGCGCACUGAGGAGAACGCCAUGAAGCCUUUUGUCGUUCCUUUCACUGGACCUCUCAUUCGUGUGGCGACGCAGGCGACUACUUACCCGCCAGCAGUCAAGACAGCCAUCUUGACGGCCCUAUGCACCAUGCUAGAGCGCAUCCCGUCGUUUGUGAAACCGUUCUUCCCUCAGUUGCAGCGUACGUUUGUCAAGAGCGCAAGCGACCCAUCCAGCCUCAUCGUGCGAAACAAGGCAGCUCAAGCUCUUGGUGUGCUUAUGCGCUCUCAACCAAGAGUGGAUCCAGUCGUCACCGAGUUGGUCACUGGUGUGAAGAGCAACGAGGAUUCUAUAGCGGCCAGUCUCAUAGUCGCGCUAGCUCAUGUCGUUCACGGCGCUGGUGGUAACGUGGGAGAGAAAGCGAGGGAAGCGUGCAUUGAGAUUGUCACAGAUGCAUUCAGAGAGACACACGACGAGCAUUACCAACAGUCCAUAGCAGCUCUCUUUGCCGCCCUGUCGAGGUACCCCGAACUGGUGAAGCCUGUUGUGAAUGCGUACCUGCUAGCAGGCACUCUGCCUUCUAUGCUGUCUUCGCUUUGCAUUCUUGCCGUGCUCUCUCCCGACGACGAUCUUGCUCCGAGCGACGGUGCGCCGAACGUCUUCCAAGCCUUGGGAGUUAUCCACAGCAUCGCGCAGAAGGUACAGGAGAGCAUUGGUACCGACAAGCCGUCCAUAGCCCGUCCGGCUCGCGAGGCGAAGGAAUUGUUGAAGUCGCUGGAUGAUGACGCGGUUCAGGGAGUGUUCUGA